AUGUCCACCACUACCACGAUCAACACCCAGCCCAUCACGGUGACCACACCUAAGGGUCGCAUGGCCCUGGAUGGUGAGCCCACCAAUUACGGCGACUUUCGCGACGACCUCAACCGAGACGGAUACGCCGUGAUCAAAGGCGCUGUGCCGCGCGACCGAGCCAACAAGUACUCCGAUGCGUUUUUCGGAUACCUUGAGGGAUUUGAACUUGGCUACGAUCGCAACGACCCAUCCACUGUCCGACGCGCCAAGCUUCCCGUUCUCAACGAGAAGGGCAUGAUUCUGAGCUAUGGCGUCACGCAUGAGCAAUGGGUCUGGGAUAUUCGCGGCGAGCCAGGAGUCGUGGACACUUUCGCGAAGGUGUACGAUGACGAAGACUUGAUUGUGUCCUUUGAUGUUGUCAAUGUCGGAUUUGCCAAUCGAGAGGACCUCCAAGAGAAUAAACCUUGGCCCCAUCAGGACCAGGACCCAGCCAAGCCCGGAUUCCGCUGCCUUCAAGGCCUCGUCAACCUCAAUCCAUGUGGGCCCAACGACGGCGGACUCAUCGUGUGCAAAGGCGGACACAGGCUCUCCGAGCAAUUCCACCGCGAAAUGGCCGACGAGCCAAAGAUCCCGGCCUGGACCUCCGAAUGGUUUGGAUAUACAGAGAACGGCAUGAAAUGGCUCAAAGACCAUGGUCUGGAAUGGGAGAAGGUCUGCGUGGAGCCCGGAGACCUGAUCGUUUGGGACAGCCGCACUCCGCAUUACAACGUGCCUCCGAGUGGAAAGCAGGACCGGCUGGCUGUUUACACGUGCUAUACGCCUGUUCGAGAGGCGAGCCAGGAGGAUCUGUUGAAAAAGAAGGGGGCUUUUGAUAGUUUGUCCCGCCCAUCUCCCCCAUUUUAUCUUCAAAUGGUCGGCCGAGUAAGUGCUAACUGGAGUAUAGAGCGUCUGGGAACAACUCAUUGGCCAAAUGCAGCGCAUGUUUCGCCCACGAAUGUCGCGAUGAGAGAUGGAAAGCCGUGUUCCAAGAGCCGAAAUGGGCCUGUUCAGGAUCCAGUCCUGAAUGAGAGGACGUUCAAAUUGACUGGCAUUCCGUAUAUCAAGCAGGAAGCUUAG